GGCUGAAACAGCGCUCCAUGGGAUUAUCAGCUCUUCUCUCGGCUGCUCUGUAAUGGCCUGCCUCGAGGUCGAAACUCCAACCGUCUGCAGGGGUAAAGUCCCAGCUGGGCAGCUUUUAGCUUGUUUUCCCACCAGGUAUCACUGGUGAAGUCAUGUGCUGCAGCUGAGACUCCAGCAGAGACGCACUCGGGAACAGCUUGUAGACCAGGGCAUUAUGCCGCCACUGAAGACUCCUGCUGCCUUUCAUGAACAGAUACGAAGCCUUGAGAGAGCCAGGACUGAGAAUUUCUUGAAGCACAAGAUUAGCAGUAGACCUGAGCGUGCAGAGCUCGUCCGCAUGCACAUCCUCCAAGAGACUCAGGCAGAGCCCUCAUUGCAGGCCACACAGAUGAAGCUCAAAAGGGCUCGUCUGGCCGAUGACCUCAAUGAGAAGAUUGCCCAGAGGCCUGGCCCAAUGGAGUUGGUAGAGAAGAACAUCCUGCCUGUCGACUCCAGUGUGAAGGAGGCCAUCAUUGAAAAUGAGGUGAACUACCAAAAGACCCUGGAUGUGUAUAACUUUGAUGAAGACAGCAGUGAAGCUUUGUCCCCAGAGAAUCCGGCCAGUCAGGAAUCUCAGUGCUCUGUCCCAUCACCCAGAGAUGCCAAGCUGCCUGAGAACUCCUCUGCUACACUGACCGCUGGCUCCAACAUUCAGCCCUGUCCACCUACGACCCACUGCUCAGAGUUAGUCAGUCAAACAUCAGCAGAGGAUCAGACAAACACUCAGCACAUAACUCCUGCUCAGCCAGUCACCACCACUCUCCCCAUCAAAUCAGGUCUUACUCUUGUGAAGCAAAGUCAACCCAAGCUUCCCAGUGAAAAAAGCCGCAGCAAAAAGAGCAAAGAACCCAAGCCAAGGAUAAAGAAGCUCAAAUACCACCUGUAUAUCCCACCAGACCAAAAACAGGAGCCCAGUGAGGCCCCUAUGGACUCGGCCUAUGCCCGAUUGCUUCAGCAGCAGCAGCAGUUUCUACACCUGCAGAUCCUUACCCAGCAACAACAGCAUUACAACUACCAGGCCAUUCUACCUGCAUCUGCAUCUCUCAGGCCUUUGCCUAAGGUUCAGACCAGCUGUCCUAACGUGGCCAUGGGAAACAGCCAAGCUCCACUUGUAGUGUCCCUGCCCAGUGCUACCCCUGGACUCGGCACCAACAGCAUGAACAACCGCAAGUCUGGCCCUCUGCCUGCUAACUUGGAUGAAAUGAAGGUGGCUGAACUUAAAAUCGAGCUGAAGCUACGUGGUCUCCCUGUAUCUGGCACUAAAUUAGACCUCAUAGAGAGGCUCAAGCCCUACCAGGAGAGCUACAAGGUCAACAGCACUCAACAGACUGAGACCAAUGGCAUCAUUGCUCCACUGGCCAGUCAAAAGACAGAAAGCAUAAGCAUGAGUCCCCCAGUGUCUCCUGUGCACUCAGAGGUUUCCACUGGGAGUAUGGAGGAGACCAGUGACAGCAAAAUGUUGGUUGCCACAUCUCCAUCCAUCAUGAAAACAGAGGAUACAUCAGUGGAAGUAGCAGUACCUGAUAAAGAUCAGAGCUUAUACGAGAAGGAGCGUCAGAUAGAGGAGCUGAUUCGCAAGCUGGAGCAGGAGCAGCGUCUGGUGGAGGAGCUCAAGAUGCAGCUAGAGGUGGAAAAGAGGAAUCAACAGGGAGCGACGCAGCAGCAGGGUGAGCUUGAAACCAGGAUAAAAGAGGAGCAUGAUGCCUUCUCCAGCUGUAACUCCACUCUGGAAAAGGAAGAGUCCCAGGGGCAGGCACAGAAGUUCUACAUUGCUACACAAGGAGUGCAGGCCUCCCAGACCAUCCUCAGCACUCAACCAGAGCAACAUACCCUUCCCAUCACCAUCCAUAUUCCACAGACACGGCCGGUUCUCCAAACCACAGAGUCUGUCUUGGCUCAAACAGAGAGUGCAGCAUUUCAGCAGCACAAAAAUCUGACACAGGCUGCACCUCAAAUAAUGUCGGUGUGCAACAGCUCUGGCUCAGGCAUCCAGCUGGGGCAGAAGCAGGAGCAGCAAAGAUCUGAAGUGGCUGAGUCAUGCUCACCUAGACACAGUCCUCCAAAUGGAUUCACCACUAAAUCAACCUCCCCUUGCCACCCCAGCUACAUCCAUCCACCAUCUCCAUUCAACAGUCAUCACAGCCCCAAGAACAAAGACCCUCCUCGAUAUGAGGAGGCUGUCAAACAGACUAGGGCACUUCAGGCUACUAUGCAGAUUCCUACUGCAGUCAGUCAGCACAUGGAUGACUUGUUUGAUGUCCUGAUUGAGAGCGGAGAAAUCUCUCCCCUGCUCCAAGAUGUUCUCUCCACGGAUAAACUUCUGCCUGUGACAGCCAGUGUAACCACUCUCCCCAUCAACACUGCACUGUCUCGUCCGCCACCUCAAGUCCAUGUGGCCCAUAUGCCUAGUCUUGUGGCACUGGCCUCAGAUCACCAGCUGGAGGCUCUACUGGAAGGAACGCUGCCACCAAAUACAGAGCCCCGUGCUCUGCGUCUCAUGGAGGAACUGCACAGCCAGUUGUUGGAGCCACCCCAUUCACCCAUGGAUACCAGUGAGCUGAGAUUUUCCACUUCGUCACCUCCAUCCCUCCACCUGCAUGACACCAACCUGGACAACAUGGAGUGGUUGGAACUGACUACGCCAGGGCCAGCAGGCAUCUCUGCACCGGCUGCCAUCUUCUCCUCUGACUUCCUGGACUCUCACGAUUUGCAAUGGGACUGAGAGAAAAGAACCUUCUGGUAUGAACCACAGGUCAGGUAGAUGUUCGGAGGUGAGGGAUGAAUUAGUCUUAGUCAUUGGGAGAGUUGGAGUAUAGGAACAGACCACUGGCCUCAUGCAAGAGCAGUGGAGGAUGGAGAGCUCUCUCAGCCUCUGUUAAAUUCAGCAUGAUGUUACUGGAUCCCUGAUAGAAACGUCUUGUAGACACUGACCAUGAGUGCUUCAGCAAUUGCAGAUUCGUGCACUAAUAACUGUCUUUGAAGACAAAGAAAGAAUGUUGGCCAUUUUUGUUAAUUUUCAAUUUUUUGUAACGUGUAUGUUUUUUAUUUUUUUACCUCUUCUGUUUUUCUUUUGUGACUUUGCCAGCUUUGUUGGCUUUACAUAUGACCUCUGUUUUGCAGCAGCUCCAUGCCACCUGCAUUUUUGUCAGAUGUUCAAUGUUCCAAAGAAAAGGUUCAGAGAGUAAGUUUGUUUACUAAAGUGAGAAUGAGGCUAUUGUGCAGAGAAACUCAUAAUCUAAUGUCACAUCAUUAUCAUCACUGUGAAAAAGAAAAUAACAGUAUUGGCCCAGCUGCUAUCUGUUGGGUAUGUAGAGGGCACUCACUACAGCAUCCAAGUCAGGUGAAACAGGCACAUUAGUGAUUAGUAUUAUCUUAAUCACUGGUGCACUUUUUUUUUUUUUUUUUAAAGUGUUCUGCCUGAUGGCAGGUCCAUUCCAACAGCUUCGUCCAUCAAAGUCUCUCGGGAAGAAUCCCAUUGCCUUCUAUUGGAUUAUUAUAGAGGUUUUUUCCUCUCAACCAUUCACACCUAUGGACAAUUUUUAGAGUAGCCAGUUGACCUAACCCGCAUGUCUUUGGACUGUGGGGGAAACCAGAGCACCUGGAGGAAACCCAUGCAGACACGGGGAGAACAUGCAAACGUCACACAGAAAGGCCCCUGUCAGCCAUUGGGCUCAAACCCAGAAUCUUCUUGCUGUGAGGCAACAGUGCUAAUCACUACACCACCGUUCCACCCACUGGUGUACUAGUGCCUUUGAAUAACAGAAAAACAAACACGUGGUAAUUAACAGUUUAAAAUUUGAUGUGGAAAAUAAGCUGCUUAAUUGUUCAUAAAACAGACUGUCUUAGAAAUAUGACAUGAACUUGUGACCAAUAAUUUAAUGCCUGUAACCAGUUUAUGAAAGUGUCAGAUAUUUUUCUUAAAAUUUGUUACUUGUAGCUCUUUCAUUUACAUAGUAGUCCAAAGUAAUGUUUUUCUUUUGAUGACCUUGUCAUUCAAUAUAGAAGUUAUGUUUUGUAAAUUAUGAAUGCGUGGCAACAUCUACUAGCAACACACUGUUGUGUUUAGGCAGGCUGUUUAAUUUAGGAUUUAGCUUCACCUUAGUAAUUGUUCCAGCAGAAGAGGAGUGCACUGACGAAGUCACUUAAGCCACACGUUUGGUGUCAAAAAUGUAGCAAUUACUUGCAUCAAGAAUACACAUGCUAUCAGUUUAUUGCAUUACUGUACCAUCAGACUGUAUGUAACAUAGCAAAUGAAGAGGUAUAGUCA